AUGACAAUUGAAUCAAGAUGGUCGUCUCCAAUGCUCAACUGCUCUUUGCAGAAAUGGGUGUUCGGGUCUUCAUUCGGUCCUCUCCUAGACACUCCUCAAUUCAUCGACGCUGAUCGCCCGGAGACUCACUUUCUCACACAAACCGAUUAUCGCCUGUGGGCGAAACGACUGGCCCUGGGACUGACGCGAGCAGGCCUCAAACCAGGUGAUCGCGUUCUCCUCUUCUCCGGUAACUCAAUUUUCACACCGGUAGUAUUCAUGGGCAUCCUUAUGGCCGGAGGCGUUUUCACUGGCGCCAAUCCAAGCUUUGUCGCGCGCGAACUUGCUUAUCAGGUAAAAGAUAGUGGCGCCUCAUUUUUAAUAGCUGGCGACGCUAGCAUGGAGAUCGCGGUAGAAGCUGCAGCUCAAGUAGGUCUGCCGAGGAGUCGGAUAUAUAGCUUUGAUGCGACGGCGCUCGACCCGGAACCAGGCAAGGCACGGCUUGGAACACAACACUGGACAGUUCUCCUUGCUGCCUCGGAAGAAGCGGCCAAGUUCGACUGGGUUGAGCCUAUUGAUGCGAAUAAGCAAAUCUGCGCCCUCAACUACAGCUCGGGAACGACGGGCGUGCCGAAAGGUGUCGAGAUCUCGCAUUAUGCCUAUGUGGCGAACGGGCUCGGUGCGAGCUUUAUGGAACGUUUAGACUCCCAGUUUGCGGAAAAGAAGAAGCGAGCCAGGCGACUAGGCUUUUUACCGAUGUACCAUGCGUACGGUCAGACGUUCUUCAUCUCCAACUACCCGAGGGAGGGCAUCCCAGUUUACAUCAUGUCCUCGUUCAAUUUCGAAAAGAUGUUGCAGCACAUCGAGAAAUUCCGCAUCGACAUUCUCGUCGCCGUGCCCCCCAUCUUAGUCGCGCUGGCUAAGAGCCCUCUUAGCCGUAAGUAUGACCUCAGUAGCGUCGAGAUUAUUGGUAGCGGUGCCGCACCACUUGGAACCGAGGUUAGCGAAGAAGUUGCCAAGCUGUGGCCACCAGGUGCUAUAAAGCUGCGUCAGGGAUGGGGCAUGACGGAGUUGACGUGCGGCUGCACAUAUUUCCACCCCGACGAGACGAAUAAAACAGCAGCAGUUGGUGAACUGUUACCGAACUUCAAAGCGCGGAUCAUGAAGAUCGAUGGUUCAGGAGAGAUCACUAAAGCGAAUGAAGCGGGUGAGGUAUGGAUACACGGGCCAACCCUGCUAAAAGGCUACUGGAACAAGCCUCAGGCCACCGCUGAUACUCUUCAUAUCGACGCAGAUGGUACUCGUUGGCUAAAGACCGGAGACAUUGGCUACUUUGAGAAAUAUGAGCCAGGCGGGCUUUUGCACAUCGUGGACCGCAUCAAGGAACUCAUCAAGGUGAAAGGCAACCAAGUAGCUCCGGCCGAGCUAGAAGACGUGCUUCUGGACAAUAAGGGCGUCGAUGACGUAGCCGUGGUGGGUGUCACGAUUAACGGCGAAGAAGCCCCGCGCGCGUACGUCGUUGCAAAUCCCAACGUCAAGCAGACGGAACAGGAUAUUGCUAAGUGGAUGGAGUCGAGGGUUACCAAGUACAAGUGGCUCCGUGGUGGCGUCAAAUUCGUCGACGCUAUUCCUAAGAAUCCGUCCGGUAAGAUUUUGCGUAAGAUACUUAGAGAUCAGGCCGCCAAAGAAGUUGGUGAUAGAAAACCGAGUUCGGCGAAGUUGGCCUAGAGCAGAAAUGAUAGAAUAGGGUCUUGGAGAAGCUGGGCUCUAACUAUUUCCCCAUCAGCAUGGCGCGAGCGGUGGACGAUAUAUCGCGAUCUCGCUUUUAUGGUACAUAAGGGUUCCUUGAUAUUAGCGUUGUCUAAUACCGUUCAAUUGAUGAGUAUUUAAAUUAGCCAGGUAGGCUUGGGCGUUGAAAGCUCCCAGGAAACAGCGCGCCGAGUCUCCAAUGUUUCGAAUUCAUUCCUGUAUAUUCCAUGGAUUGGUACAGGGGACUUCCGAAUGCUGCGCUCUGUAAUACGAGAUUGUCCCCGCGCUGUACUACAAAAUUAAGUGAGAUGUACGACAGCAGCAUAACCUUAGAUAAGACUGUUGAGGUCCUCGAAACUUGGGAACUUACACGCUUUUAAUGGGUCUUUCGCACGAAGCCUCCCUUCAUUAGGAUGUUCGUCAUAGGCCCCGCUGGUUGCCACGAUAUACGUCGGUAAGCUUACUUGUGCAUUUUCUUAUCGAUGAUACGUUAAUCCCUUUUAACUAA